UGAGCCUGUUGCAGAUCUUUACAAAAGCCUUGGAUUAUGCACGUGUUCUUAAUUUACUUUUCUCUUUUCUUGUUUUUAAAGGUUUUCUGCAUUAAGCCUUUCGGCUUGGCUGAACGUCACAUUGCAAAUCCACCAGUAACUGCCACCUAAAAACAAAUAUUUGUCAUUUCUGUUCUGGGUGUAUUCUCGGUUAAAUAUGACAAAUAUGGACUGUGGCAGUUUUUCGCUUUCUAAAUAUGGCAUUCUGUCAAGGAACCCUGGCAGAGGCUGCAUGAUCAGUGGAGCGUUGGCAAGACUCGCUGCAUCUACAAAUAAACUGGAAGAGCUUUUAUCCUCGGCAUUAGGAGCGGCAGAAACAGGCAGAGGGUUGAAGCAGUAGUAAUUGAGGAACAGAUGUGGCAUGAGUGUUAUCAACCUGCAAGACGCUUGCACAGCUUAAUGCACCCAACAGAUAACAAUGGUUCCUGCUGAGAACGCGAGUGUUUUCUCUGCAACGGAUCGCUGUUCCAACUGCAGCGCUGCCGCCAACCCAGGGGUGGAUGUAGCCAAGGUGGUGGUUUUGGGGAUGGUGCUGCUGGUGUUUGUAGUGUUCGGAAUCCUUGGCAACAUCCUGGUCAUCCUGUCAGUGUUGUUCCACCACCACUGGCGCUCUGUGACACAUUACUUCAUUGCCAACCUGGCGGCGGCAGGCCUGCUGCUCAGCGCCGCCGUCUUGCCCUUCUCCGCCACCUCAGAGGCUCUCGGCAGAUGGGUGUUUGGCCGGUCCUUCUGCAGCGUCUGGGCCGCUCUGGACGUCCUCUGCUGCACCGCCUCCAUCCUCAGCCUGUGUGUGAUCUCUAUUGACCGCUACCUGGCUGUCAGCUACCCUCUGCGCUACCCUGCCAUGGCCACGGGGCGGCGAGGCCUGACAGCAGUGGCUGCUCUCUGGGGACUCUCGGCAGCCAUAUCCGUGGGCCCUCUGUUUGGCUGGAAGGAGCCCGACCCAGAAGACGAGACGGUGUGCCGAAUCACGGAGGAGCCCGGCUAUGCUUUGUUCUCGGCACUAGGAUCUUUCUACAUACCUCUGGCCAUCAUCCUGGCCAUGUACUGCAGCGUGUAUACCGUGGCGAAGAGAGAGAUGAAAACCCUCAGGAAGGGCAGUAGGGGAGAAGGAAUUGAGACAGAGGGGGUGGUGCUUAGGAUUCACAGAGGAAGUGCUCCUCAGACAGAGAAGAAGGAGGACGAUGAGGGGACACCGACACAUACACGUGGAACCUUUUCCCUGCCUAAGCUGCUGAAGUUCUCGAGAGAAGAGAAGGCAGCCAAAACUCUUGGCAUUGUUGUCGGGUGCUUCAUUCUGUGCUGGCUCCCUUUUUUCCUGGUUUUACCCAUUGGAUCCAUCUUCCCAUCCUGUAAACCUUCUGAAACCAUCUUUAAGAUUACCUUUUGGCUGGGUUACCUCAACAGCUGCAUUAACCCCAUCAUUUACCCCUGCUUUAGCCGGGAGUUUAAGAAAGCCUUCCACAACGUGCUCCGUGGCCGAUGCCUGAGAACUGGGCCACUGGCUGCCAAACCACAAGGACACCUCAGCACCCAUACCUCCAGUCCAGUCCCACAGUCUAACACCUCUGUUCACCGCAACACUGCUUCGUCAUGGGGCUGCUGCAGGGCGCUGUCCACCUCCUCGUCAUCUGUCUGCGGUCCCGAGGCUCAAAGUGCACAAAUCCAGAGUAAGAGUCUACUUAAGGUGUGGUGUCUCUCAGCAAGUCGGACGCCGGUCCCACAGAACCCCUCCAGUGGCACGUCAACCAAGGUUUUACGGCUUUCUCUCAGCAUUGCAGGAGAGGCUGUUUAAUUGGCAUGUUGGUGUCACGGUGGGAUUUGUAAGCAUCCAAUCUUGUACUUUGGUUUUGCCUCAAGGAAAUACUUCCAGUAUGUACAAUACUGCAUGAAUAUUUAUACUCCCCAGAGGCAUCAGAUUGCAGGGCCAGCCAAUGGUGAGACUUGCCUCCAGAGCAGACAGAAGAUAACUCUGUUGCCUUUAGGCUUCAUGCCAGUGUAAAUGCUUGGAAUGUCAAAUAAAACAUGAUUUGCGAAAGCAAAUGAAUAAUACUGUGUCUACACGCAACAGCCAGUACAGAGCUGCUCUCGAACAGAGCACUACAUGUCAAAACCUUCAAUAGGAGCUACUUAGUGAUCAACAAGAAAAAGACUGGGGCGUAUGAACACACAGCAAGAUACCUUUGGAAAAAAAUGCAACCCUCCAUGGAUAUAAAAGGCAAGAUAAAAGCCAUUUUCGCUAAGUCAGUUGGGAUCAGCACAUGAAAAGGAAUAAAACAUGAUACAAAUCUAAUUGAAAUGACAUUGUAAAAUUACUCCACAGACAUAAUUUCUUCAAACAUUGGUGGCAUUUUGGCAGAUUGCACAAAAGCCCUUAAUAAAGGGCAAGAUACUCGUAAAUCUUGUCAUGGUAAGCAUUCACUGACAGCUCUGAGAAAGGGACUAAAAGGGACUAAACAAUAGGAGGCAUUGAUUUUGAAAUACCUCUCACAGAAAGAAAAAUUUAGAAUUUGUUGGAGGGCAGAGAAAAAUUCAGUUGAUAUUUGAUUUUGGGAUAAAUUACCUAAAAUCCUUGACUCCUCCCUCAUUCUCCAUGCUCAACAUGCCGUAAAUCCAUCACCAAAUCAGCAUUUUUUUAGCUCAAAAACAUCUCCAGACUCCAGCCAUCACUCUCUGACUCCGUGGCAGAAACCCUCAUUCAUGCUUUCAUAACCUCCUGUUUGGGUUACUGCAAUGGAUUCCUGAGCGGGGUCCCCAGCAAAACCCUAGACAGUCUCCAGUAUGUCCAAAACUCUGCCGCCAGGGUCCUCACCCACACCAAGACCUGGCCGCACAUCACCCUUAUCCUCAUCCACCUUCUCUGGCUCCCAAUAAAGUCCUGCAUCACAUAUAAAAUCCUCUGACUCACCUAAAAAUCCCUUCAUGCCCUGGAUUCACAGUACCUCUCAGACCUCCUCCAUCCACACUCCCCACCCUGAAACCUACGGUCCUCAGACACAGUCUUGCUCUCCCUUCCCCUACAGACUGUCCCUUUGGAGACAGGGCCUUUAGUGUUGCAGCCCCCUCCCUGUAGAUAUCUGAAAUGCUACAUCCCUGGACAUUAAAAAAAAAAAAAACUCCUGAAACACCACCUGUUUACCCCAGCC